GAUGUGUAUAUUAAUUUAAACCAUUAACUUUUCUUGUUUGUGUGUUCGCGCUACGUAAGAGUGAUCUUGCAAUUGGCUCACUACAUCAUGUGUCCUUUUCUGCCAUCAGCUGGCUAGAUCACGUGACAUGAGCUAUGACUGUCUUGCAAAAGCCCAUCAUAAUCUCGAUUUCAAUGUUUCGGAAAGUAACAUGCGGUGUUUGGUGGAAUUCAAAUUUAUACAUUCGUAAUACGAAAAUAUGCAGCGUACAUGUUGCUGCACAUCAAAGGUACAUUGAUGGUGUAGAGGCUAUUGUAAAUGCUGUGUUUUUAACACAGUUUUUAUGCAGUGCCACACUCUUCUGUCUCACGGGUUUCCAACUCACAGUGAUUUUGAAAGAACAACAACUUGCAAGAUUUCUUAAUAUGAUGGAAUUGUUAGGUGCAGCCAUAUUUGAAAUGGGAAUGUUUUGUUACUUUGCAAAUAGAGUGAUGGAUGAAGGUAUCAAUGUUGGAAAGGCGGCUUAUGAGUCUCAGUGGUAUUAUGUUUCCAAAGAUUAUGGAAUAUCCGUAAGCAUAAUUAUGGCUCGCUGUACCCGCCCACCAAAAAUAACAUUUGGAAAAUUUGCUGAUCUUACUAUGGAAAACUUCGCUUCAGUUUUGCAGAUUUCAUAUUCAUAUUUUACUCUUCUCACCAGACUCAAUGAAUGAAGUAAGUGUUGACUGUAGAAAAGUAAUCACUAUCCUGUGCCUGCACUAGAAGACUGAGUGGUUUCUCUAAUGUUUAGAGAUACUCACUUCUUGACACAAUGUUUCAUUUUACCAAGAGGACUCAGUACAGGUAGUUGUUUUCCUUAUAGAUGAAUAAAGAAAGAGAGAGAAA